UUCCUUCCUUUUCUGCUUCUUCUGCUUCUCCCAAGGAGACGUCCCAAGGAAGGCGCAGGAUGCAGGCCCCACGAAAGGCACCCUGGGCCCUGCUGUGCCUGGCCGGGUGGGCCUUGCUGGCCGCAGGUUGUGCAUCUGCCACUGAACAUGGGCCCCUGUGUUUGGACGACGUGGCCCUAGAGGACCCCGGCUGCCCCCACAGAAGGAAGGCGGCCACGCUGCUGCCCUCCUUCACCGAGACGCCCUCCACAACCAUGAUGCCCACCACGGCGACAACACAUCACAACGUGACCAAUCACACCGCCACCCCGACCCACCACACCACGCUCCACAGCCACUCCAACACCACCACAGCCGGCCCCCAGAAGCACACCACUUCGCACCACCACCACCGGCGCGCCACCACCACCGCCCACCACACCACCACGGAUCACCACCCCCGGCCCACCACUUCGACACAUCAUACCACCACAACCAGACACCACAAUGGUACCACGUCUCACCAGCCUCAUCCCACCCCUUCGCCCCAUCACACCACAACCCGCCAACAUAACCUUACCACAGCUCACCAUCACAGCUUUACCACAACUCACCAGCCCCAUCCCAACACCACGGUUCACCAUCACAACUUUACCACGACUCACCGACCCCAUCCCAACACCACGGCCCACCCGCUGCCCACCACGGGCCACUCGCCCACCAAUCACACCACGGCGGUGCUCACCACGCCCGCCCACCACAGCAGCCCCCCACCCCCAGUGCCGCCCACCGUGGUGCCCUUUGUGCUGGUGGGGGACUACCACGUGAAGGGGAAUGACUCCGAGGUCUGCCUCCGGGCCCAGAUGGGGCUGCAGCUCAGGAUCCGCUACACCAAGAAGGGGCAAGAACAGGCCUGGGGGGAAUUCUCCUUGCAACCCAACCGGACCAACGCCACUGGGACCUGCAACAAAACCAGUAGCCUCAGACUGGAUUUCCCAGAGGGCUUUGUUUCUUUCUUUUUCGCCAAGAAUGAUUCUCAAAAUACCUACUACCUAAGCCGGGUGCAGGCCAGGCUGACGUACCGGUUCCCCCAGGCAGCAGAGUCCUCCUUUGGGGCAGACAACGCCUCCCUGCACGAGUUCCAGUCCCACCUGGGCCACUCCUAUCAGUGCCGCAACCGGAGCCUCGUCCUCAAGGAGGGCUUCCAGCUGAACAUCUUGCGAGAACGCAUCCAGGCCUUUGGGCUGCCAAAGGGAGAGUUUGGAGAAGCGGAGGUCUGCCCCGAACAGCGCCGCUCCAGCGCCCUGCCCAUCGUGGUGGGGGUCGUCCUGGGCCUCCUCAUCCUGAUCGUGGUGGUGGCCUUCCUCUUCGGGCGCUGGCGGAAGCGGCCUGGGUACCAGACCCUCUGAGACGCCUUCGUUCCUGCAAAAUACGACUUCGGGAGGCAAGAAGCAUCCCCUGCCUCGGUACUUCUUCUUCCCUCCUUCCCAUCCCUGACACUGCAAAGCCAUGGCAAAACUGGGAACAAUAUAUAUAUAUAUAUAUAUAUAUACACACACACACACACACACACACACACACACACACACACACACAUACAUACACACACACACUUCUCCUGCAUCUGAAGAAAAUGGAUCUGAAGUCAUGAGAUGAACAAAUAUAGCAGUGGGGUCAGAUUUGAUGGGUUUUGCAAUACUUUGAGUGUGAAAUUCAAGCUCCAAACACCUAGGCCUGGUAUGGGCCAACUUCAACCCUCCAUCCAGGUGUUUUGGACUUCGACUCCCACCAUUCCUAACAGCCUCAGGCCCUUUCCUUUUCCCCCUCGGCCGCUUAAGCGGCCGAGGGGGAAAAGGAAAGGGCCUGAGGCUGUUAGGAAUGGUGGGAGUCAAAGUCCAAAACACUCGGACGAAAGUUGGCCAAUGCCUGGCCUACGUAAACAAAAGAAAACAGCAAUUCCCCUUCAUCUUUCUCUUGUUUCUCUUCCUUUGUGAAUCCUUUUUGGUCUUUAAUCCCCUCUGAAUCACUGAUCUUGGGCAACGCAGUGCUAAAAAUAAAUAAAAGAACCAAGAUUAUUAUCUGG